AUGGCUGGAUCGCGCAUCACCUACCGCUUUACGUUCAUUGACCUGGAGGAUGACGGCAAGGUGGAUGGCCAGGCAGGUCGGGCUCGGGCCAGCAGCCUUCCCCCACCUCGGGCAUCCCUGGCAAAGUCGGAGACUCUUGAGGUGGAUGCAUGGGCACACCGUCAUCUUCGCACCCUCCGGCAGGGGCAGGAUGCAACGGUCUUCGAUGCAGCUGCACCAAACAAGGGUAGUGUCGGACACCCGACGUUGUGCAGCCGCCCAUGCAUCUACUUUGCAAAGCAGGGGCAGUGCCCGAAUGGUGUGGCCUGUUGUUUUUGCCACCAUCACCACUCCAGUAUCCCAAAGCCUGACAAGCAUCAGCGUGAGUUGAUGAAGACGAUGCACAGGACGGAGCUACUGUCUCUGCUGGCAGAGCUACUUCGGGAGCGCGCCGAGCAGGAUGGGAUUCAGGAUGCGGGCUUUGCUGUGGCGGUGGUGGCUGUCCAUGCAGGACUGCCAGGUGCCUCAACGGACUCAAUGGUGUCGAAGCGGAAGGCUCGGAAGCUUCGACUCCUGCGCCAGGUGGUGGGAUCCAUGAACUUUUCCUCAAUGCUUUCGCUGACUGCGCGCCACUGUGAGGGCCGCAGCAAGGUUAUCCUACUGACGGAGCUUAAAGCUCUGCAGAAGAAUGCCAAUUAA